AUGGACGUCACAACAGAAAACUUUGAGGAGGUGCUGAGAGAAAUCAAGCCGUUGAUCGAUGAGUGUGAUUUCCUUGCAAUCGAUUGCGAGUUCACUGGCCUUGAUGAAGCACCAGCAACUGCAGUUGGAACCCUUCAAUCAGUUGGCGCUGGAAUGACCAAGUAUGCUGGCAUGACAGCAGAAGAAGAGCUGCAGUCAAGAUACGAAAAGAUCAAGGCCUCUACAACAUUUUUGGUUGGCAUAUGCGUGUUCACAUGGAAUGCACAGAAGCGAAGCUUCAUUGCGACUCCUUACAACUUCUACACCUUCCCUCGGGAAUUCAAGGGCCUUGAUCGAAGGUUUCUUUGCCAGGCAAAGUGUAUGUCGUUUCUCUCGUCGAACUGCAUGGAUUUCAACAAACUGAUCAAAUCCGGAAUCUCCUACUUGAAUAAGCAAGAGGAGGAAUUCGUGCGCAGAGGCAUCUCUAGUAAGGAGACAGAGUUCGUAGCAACCAUUCGGGCCACCAUAGCAGAGUUUCUAGCUGAUGAGACUCGGAGUAUUUUGAUGCUUCCACAAUGUGACAGUUACCGCCGAAUGCUGAUACAUCGGGACCUUUCGGAAACCUUUGAUGACUGCUUUAAGAAGGAGAACAUAACAGUGGAACGAGAAGUUUCCAUCAAGUUGCACAAGAAUGAGAGAACUUCAAGUUUGGGCACUACAAAGGCCAAGAUCAUGGAGUCCAUUUCAAGUUUGGCUCAAAAGGUCGAGGAAAAGCAAAUUCAGGCCGCCGUUGGAUUCAGACAUGUGAUUGACCACAUCUCUGCAUCGAAAAAGGGCUUGAGCUUUUCAGGAGGCACCCGUCUAGAUGCUGUCUUUAGAACAGUGAUGCAUGAUCCCUUCAAGCGACCGAUCAUUGGCUUACAAGACGGGUGUGACAAGUACAAAAACAACACGCAGCUCCAUGAGGCAGGUUACGAUGCCUAUAUAACAGGAUUUGUUUUCCUUCGUACAGCACAGCAGAUAGUGAUGAAAUCAGGAAGCCCAUCUAACUCUCCACAAGGGAAGAGCAGCACGGGAUUGACUCCAAGACUCAAGGAUCUGGGAGUUUCUUGCAGACCCAUCGAUGUUAUGAUAGAGACGCUUAAGAUGGAAGGACUGAUGAACAAGAUUCAUGUCAUGGGCGGUCAAUUGUUUCACUCUCUUAGCCUCGACGAUAGCGGAGACAACAAGAUGGCAACAAGUCAGGAUAACGGAUCGAUCAUGGGACAGAUGGAAGUGGUUACGGACGUUCCCCAUGACCCGGUUCAUGGUAGCAACGGGAAAGGAUUAUGGCAAAUCGCCACCUCGAGGUCCAGAAAUGGUAAAUUCCAUGCUCGAGACUCGAGAAGGCCAAGACAGGACUCGUUCGAAGGCAACCAUGCGCAUAAGGGGCAAGAGAAGCGUCCCAGGAUGAGUGUGUAG